AUUAGCUCUCUCCCUCCUCUGUUUUUUUUUUUUAUAUUAUUCAAAUUCAGCCUCCAAAAAUCCUCUUCUUCUCUUUCUUCUUCCGAUUUCAUCACUACACGCGCAUCAUACAGAGAGAGACCCGAGAGAGGUCAUCAAAUUAGGGUUUUUUUUUUUGUUUUUUUUUCCGAUUCGAGAGAUCCAUAACAAUGGCGUGGUCUUCCGAAACGCCGGCGUAUUGCGGCUGGAAUGAGCUGCAUGUGAAGAACGGCAAAGGAAAGGUUGAGGUUCAUUAUUAUCUUGAGAGGAAAGAUGGGAUUGCAGAUCUAGCUGUUGUUGGGAGGGUUAAGAGUUCUAAACGUAUGUCUUUUAGAUACGCUUUGAAGAAGAAUCGCUCUGUUUUGAAGAAGCUUAAUUCGAAAGAGGAUGUUGCGAAUUGGCUCGAUUCUAUCGUUUCUGGUCUGAUGCCUCAUGUAGCAGAUGUACCAGCUACUGUUAUGACUGAACAAGAUGCUGGAGAAUUAAAUAUGGGCACUUUUGUGAAUGGGAAAUCUCAGGAGCCUAUUAAUCAGACCAAAAAAUCCUCUUGGAAGGGUUCUUCUUGGACUUGCAAGAAGCGGCGUAAGCAUUAUCCAUCUUUUAUCCGGAAUGGUGUCAGAAUUUCUGUAAACGAUUUUGUGUAUGUUUUAGCAGAGCAAGAUAAGAGACUUGUUGCAUAUUUGGAAGACCUUUAUGAGGAUUCUAAAGGCAAAAAGAUGGUCGUGGUACGAUGGUUUCACAAAACUGAGGAGGUUGGUUUUGCUAUGACUGAUGAUAUUAGUGACAGAGAGAUUUUCCUAUCUCUUUAUCGUCAAGAUCUCAGCAUUGAGUGCAUAGAUGAUUUUGCUACUGUCCUCAGUCCUCAGCAUUAUGAGAAAUUUCUUAAGGUACCAAUGCAUGCUCAGCCAGUAGCUUUCUUCUGCCAGAAAUUAUAUGGAGAUGAUGCCAUAAAGCCGUAUGACAUUACACAAUUAGAAGGUUACUGGAGACAAAAAAUGUUUAGAUACUUGAAUGUAUCCAUUUUAAAAUCGGGUGAGGGUGCUCAAGGACCUGUUAAUGACCUGGGAUUAGGAGCUCCUUUAGUGGGUUGUGUUGGGAUAAGAUCAAGGAAAAGGCGCCGUACUAGUCCUGUUGGUACGUUGGAUGUACCAACUGCAAUAGACAUGAAAGGUGAUUGCAAAUCUAGCCCCGAUUCUGUUUUGGGUGCUUCAGAUGCUUCUAUGUGCAAGGCCACAGAAGAUAGUUCUUCCCAUCAGAUUAAAAAGGGUUCCCAUGUUGAAGUUCUUUCCGAAGAUAGUGGCAUCAGAGGUUGUUGGUUUAGGGCACUGGUAUUAAAGAAACACAAGGAUAAGGUUAAGGUCCAGUACCAAGAUAUUCAAGAUGCAGAUGAUCAAUCUAAAAAGCUAGAGGAGUGGAUUUUGACAUCUCGAAUUGUUGCUGGUGAUAAUCUGCGGGGUCUUAGAAUCAAAGGACGGAAAGUAGUACGUCCAGUGCAGGAGCCCAGUAAAGAAAAUGAUGUAUGGGCUGUUGGUGUUGGAAUGCCUGUGGACGUGUGGUGGUGUGAUGGAUGGUGGGAAGGGAUUGUGGUGCAGAAAGUUUCUGAAGAGAACUUCGAAGUUUAUCUGCCAGGCGAAAAGAAAUUGUCUGCUUUCCAUUGUAGGGAGCUUAGACAAUCUCGAGAAUGGUUGGAAGGUGAGUGGGUUAACUUAAGAUCAAGAUCUGAUCUCGUGAGUUCUGUCCUAUCUUUGAUCAAGAAAAAAGAGAUGGAAGUGAAAACUGUUGUGAAGCCAUCUGAAGUUGGUGUUGGUAACGACGGGAUGUCCCCAAAUUGGGAGGCUAAACGCAACAUCUCUCUUCCAGCAGCUACAACCAAAAAGUCAUUACCUAAGCGACCAAUUCCAGAUCUUCUAACAGAUGUCCUUGUUACUUCUGACUUAAAGUGGAAAAAAUCGAGGAAGAGGAAUCGAGUUGUCAGUUGUUGUCCACACGAUCCUAGCUUGACUGAUGGUUUCUCUAGUGAAAGAUCUUUGGAUUGUGAGAACUGUAAGUUCAUGGAAGAUGCAUUUGGUCCUUCGGUAGGGCAGCCUUUGACUGGUCUAUUAAUGUCGAGUUAAUCAGCUUGCGUAUGAAGUUACAUGUCUUCUUGUGAGGUACAUAUCACCUGAUGGGCAUCUGCUCAAUGCGAUUUUGGGUUUUUAUAUAAUUGUACUCGCAAGAGUCCUUGGGAUGGAUUAUAGAUUAGCUUGUCAUGGCAUCCAAAUUCGUUGUGUACUUAUUUUGUAACAGUAGGGCAUAGAGGGGGCAAAUUUUGGGUGCAGUAGAAGUAGGUAAUAGCAUUACCUCGCUGGUGGUUUAGGCAUUAAUUAGUGGAAUUUUCUUAGAAUCAAGUUAUCUUUUUCCAUCUCUCUUUAGCAUAGAGAUGAUUUGUUUUCUUAGGUCUGAUGGGAUCUCUCUUUUCAUGUAACCCUAUGUAUCAUCAAAUAAAACUAUCUUGUUUUCAUCUU